CCGGCAGCGUCGAUAUUCGCUGCCUCUGGUGUCUGCGAGAGUGCGAUAGUCAGUCUGCCUGUCAUUCGGCCGCGGCGAGAGUGUCUUCUCUUCAAUAUAAUGGAAACGAACGGGACCGUGCAUUACGCUCUGGUGGCCCUUUGGGAAAAGACCGGUUGCAGGAUCGUCGCGGAUUAUCCCGCGGAUCAGGACCCGAUCUAUCGUGCUCUCACCCUCAGCACCGUCGAUGGUCUGAAGACGGUCGAGGAUGAGAAAAUCAGCGUCGAUCGGGGCAAAUAUACGGUGCAUGUGUUGAUCGGGGAACUUCAUUAUGCCUGUCUGACAUCGAAAUCGAAUUGCCCUACGUCAGCAAUACAAAUAGAAUCCUGCUCUCAAAUAUUUCUUCAGAAGCUGCGUGACGUUUAUAGAGAAUUACCGAUAUUGGCGGACUUAUCGAAAGACCUGACCAAUCUCGCAGUGGCUGAUUUCUCGAAACCUUUAAGGAAGAUAAUUGAGGAGUAUAAUUGUCAAGAUAUUAAUUCUAAGAGUCUGAUAUCGCGGUUAGAGGAAGAUUUGGCCGAGAUACGUGGCCUAUUGAUGGAUGGAGUUCAAAAAUUGAUCGAUAGGGGCGAGAAAUUGGACGAACUUCUCCGAAAGACGCAGAGCCUCGAAAUUUCGACACGCGACUUUCACGUAGUAACAAGGAUUCCGGAGAAGAAGAAAAAAAACGUUUUCGUAGCGGCCGGUGGGGUACUGUUGAUGUUAGUAUCGACUUCUCUGUUAAUAAUUCUGAUAUAUUCAGGAAUAUUGUGAUCACUUCUUAUAUAAAAACAUUGGAAACAAAUAUCAAGACUUCUCUUACAUAAAAUGUUUCAAAAUGAACGAUUAAAAUAUUUAUUAAAAAAGUGUAAUAAUGUUAAAUGUGCCCUUUGAAAGUCUAUAUUAACUUUUUUCUCUUAAUAGAAUUAUCAGCCAGAUAAACAGAAUUAUUUCUGCCUAUUUGAGAAUAGCGUCAAUAUUGCGAGCGGCCUACGUUUCUUGAUUUAAUUUCUACAUUGCAUAUUUUCUAUAUUAUUUAUUUGUAAGUAUGACUGUGAAAAUGACUCUCUAUAGUAUUUUCUUUAAA